UAAUAAAUAAAAUAUCAACAAAGGGAGAUAGAGAGAAAAGACUUUCUAGGUCAAUUCAAUCCUUUAAUACUUAAGUAGCAUCGAUCUGUCUCUCAUUUCCCUUUCUUUCAUAUUUAUCUCCUCUUCCUAUACAGUAACUUAACAAUCAAGAGGAUCAGAUCCAUAGGAAGUUUAUAUCUAUCUAUCUAUCAUAUCACACACCCAAGAAACUUCACUGAUCAGUCAAUCCCAUCAAUCAAAUCAAAAAAUCAAGAAUUCAGAAAAGGAGAAAGUAAAGAAUCAACAAAAAGAGAAAGAAAGAAAAAACAUGUCCUCUUCAUCAUCCACUUCCUUUUCACCGGACCAGCAACAACAGCAACAACUCUCUCCUUCGGACCAGCUUUGUUAUGUCCAUUGCAAUUUCUGCGACACUGUUCUCGCGGUGAGUGUUCCUUGCACAAGUUUGUUCAAGACUGUGACAGUGAGAUGUGGUCAUUGCACCAACCUUCUCUCAGUUAACAUGCGUGCUUUGCUCCUUCCUGCUCCUAAUCAGCUUCACCUUGGACACACUUACUUCAACCCUCAAACUCUUAUGGAGGAGAUUCGAAAUGCACCUUCAACAAACAUGAUGAUGAAUCAGCUUCCAAAUCCAAAUGAUUUGAUGAUGAACACAAUGAGAGGAGGGCAUCAUGAAGAAAUCCCUAAACCUCCACCUGCUAAUAGACCUCCGGAGAAGAGACAGAGAGUUCCAUCUGCCUACAACCGCUUCAUCAAAGAUGAGAUCCAACGUAUCAAAGCUGGGAAUCCUGAUAUAAGCCACAGAGAGGCUUUUAGUGCAGCUGCAAAGAAUUGGGCCCACUUUCCACACAUUCAUUUCGGACUUAUGCCUGAUCAUCAACCCGUGAAGAAAGCUAAUGUUCGUCAGGAUUCAGAGGACGUGCUUAUGAAAGAUGGGUUUUUCACACAAGCAAAUGUAGGUGUCUCUCCCUACUAAAAAAGUGUGCUUGUUUUAUUGUGUAGGGCUUUAAUGUGUCAUACUAUUGUCUCUAAUUAAGUAAUAUACUGUAUUAAGACUUUGUCUUAUGCAUAUUAAUGUUAUGAACUUGUAUUAGUACUUUUUAGCCUUACAAGUUGUUAGUUUAUGGUAUAAUGAAUGGUGGGA